UUUGACUAUUGACAUUUCAUUUACGUGGCUGACAAGUUGACGGAUGUCGGAUUGUAAAAUACAUCAUUUCAAUUUAUCAAUAAGUCUUUUUGUGUGUGAAAUCUAUGUAAAUAAACCCAAUAUUUGUUUUACUUUAUGUCAUAUUUAAAAGAAGAGUCAAAAUGGGUCUUUGUAAAUGUCCAAAAAGAAGAGUUACAAAUCAGUUUUGCUUCGAACAUCGAGUAAAUGUUUGUGAAUAUUGUAUGGUGACGAACCACCCUAAGUGCAUUAUACAAUCGUAUCUACAAUGGCUUCAAGAUAGUGAUUAUAAUCCGAUUUGUGAAAUUUGCACAAAAAGUUUAGCUGAAGGAGAAUGUAUACGACUUACUUGUUAUCACGUGUUUCAUUGGGAAUGUGCGGAGUCUCGAUACCGAGCAUUGCCGCAUACCACAGCGCCGGCUGGGUAUCAGUGUCCUUCCUGUGCAACACCUGUAUUUCCGCCUCCAAACCUAGUAUCUCCAGUAGCGGAUGUGCUUAGAGAAAAGUUGGCUGGUGUAAACUGGGCUAGGGCUGGUCUGGGAUUACCUCUACUUUCAGAAGACCAAGAUUUAAGAGGUGCAGCAGGUAGACGCAGCCAAUCUCCUAAUCAAAAUCAAUUUUUCCAAAAUACACUCGAUAUCCAAAGAGCAUCGCCAGUUGGAGCCAGUGAUGAUGAGUCAACAAAUAGAUCAGCUGCCAGCACACCACAUUCCAUUGUUCAAAUGCCCGAUGAACCAGUUAACAUGUAUGAUAAUACUUCGGUUAAAAGAAAUGAUGCCUUACAAGGUCAAGCAUCAAGGAAAGGUUUUAAGUCGUUAGAUCAAUCAAAACCAUUGCUUAAUUUUGAUCAUGAUGAAAAUAAAUAUAAACAAAAAUCUACUUUUGCAUGGAUCAGCAGAUGGUGGAAAAAUUCUCUACCAUCAUCUCGUGUAAGGAGAGCUGGAGGCAUUUAUAAAAGAUACUGGAUUAUGUUAUUUGCAAUAAUAGCAUUAGUUAUAAUUUUGCUGCUUCUGAGCCAUAGAGACGUUGACGUUGACAGUCCUUUUGGUUCCAUUCAAGAUGAUGACAGAAGGAUAUUACAGAAAAAUUAAUCAUUGUAUUUAUUUAAUUAACACUUAUAAUAUUUAUGAAAUCAAGCAAUA